UGCUAUGACCGCGUUCAGACGUACUAGAAAUCUUCAUCCACGCGGUUGGCAGCGACGAACUUUGAGUGAGCAAUUAUCACCCUACUGCCUUUGCACAUAGCGGCGAGUGUUGCUUGAGCUCGAUGGCGAGCGCAGAAGUGUUGUUCCCUUCGCCCAGAGUAAACAUGUUGGACUCGGUCGCUUUGACUAGUGUUGACAACGUGGCGCUGCCCAGCCUGUGCGCGCCGCCCCGGGGCCUGCGGCGCCCCUCGGGCACGGCCGAGAGCGAGAGCGACUCGCCGCCCAGCAAGAGGAGCAAGAAGGCGCGCCGCAGGAGGAAGAAGAAGCCGCGGCAGCGGGCCAGCGCCAACGGCCUGCGGACCAAGCCCGUGGCGCCCCUCAACACCACGCAGUUCCUGAUGGCGGAGCACGACCAGCUGCAGGACACGGACAUCGUGGCCGCCCGCCCGCGCCGCCACCGCGACUCGUCCUUGAGCGUCGACUCCGAGGACCAGGCCUACGACGAGUUCUACUCCUCGCCCGAGGACGAGGAGGAGUUCCUCACGCGCGAGUUCUGGACGGCCUACGAGGACGUGCACGCCGAGCGCCUCGACACCAUGACGAAGGCGCAGCUGGUGCAGGAGUACCUCGCCCUCGAGGAGAAGGUGGACCUGCUGGAGCGGCAGCUUCGCGCCGUGCGGGCGCGGCACCGCCAGCGGCAGCAGGAGCAGGACGCCGCGGAGGGCGAGGACGAGGACGAGGAGGACGUGGGCCCCGGCGAGGUGCUGGUGGACGAGGAGACGGCGGAGAAGAUCUCCAUCUUCCAGUCGGAGAUCAGCAGCCUGGAGACGGAGAAUCGCCGCCUGCGGGAGGAGAACUUCAAGCUGCGGCGCUGCUCGUCCGCCAGGUCGUCCUCGUCGUCGUCCUCGUCGGGCGACUCCAGCAGCGACUCGAGCAGCAGCAGCAGCAGCGACUCCAGCAGCGACAGCGAGAUGGAGGACGACGAGCGGCCGAAGGCGACCACCUGUCUGUCGCCCUCGAGAGGCGCCCCCGAGGCGGCGGCGCCCGACACCAGCGUCCGCCCCGCCGCCGCCGACACCUGCGCGGGCGAGGCGCGGCUGCCGCCCCCCGAGGCCCUGCCCGACGGGGGCGAGGCCGCCCUCCCGACGCAGCCCUCGUCCUUCACCACGCCGCCCGCCUCGCCCGCGCUCGAGGACGACCACAAGACCAAGGGCGAGGUGAGCGCCAGCAGAUCCGCGGAGGGCGGCGGGGUCGAGGCCGAGGUCUCGAGCACCACCGCGACGUAGAGGUGACGUACUCUUAAGCACUGUGGCGCUCGCGCCCACGCACUCGAGCUGUGAUCUUAAACUGUGUAAGGCAAAGGAAGCGCAUGGUGUCUGGGCGGCGGCCGCCUCAAGUCGCGGUGUCAGCGGGGGGCGGGGGGGGCGGCACGUCGGAAGGCUCCCGCCACCCCCCCACUCCGCCUUCGGCUAUCCCUCGAGAGAGCGAGUGCAAGAAGUGAUUCUGCAGAAGGUCGAGAAGAAGCGAGAAAGAUAGAGAGAGAGAGAGAGAGAGAAAGAAAAUAGUGAGUGCUCGUGGCUGUGCAGGUGAUGGUGAAGGUGGUGAUGAUGAUGAUGAUGAAAGCGAAGGGAAGUGAAGAGAGAAGAGAGAGAGAGGAGAGGAGAGGGUGGGCGUCGAACACUCACGUGAACCCCUCCGCCCCCUUCCCCCUUCCCCCCCACCCACCACCCCACCCCCUCCUGCAGAAGUGACACCCGUGAACUUUUUUUUGGCUUCGACCUGGCCCAUGUGUCUAUUUCUUGUGACAUUGCCCUCAGCGGCGGACAAAGUUUAUUAUAAUAGUUCUUAAGGAUUUACAAAGUCGAUCUCUUUUAUUGUUUAUGGAUGAUGAUGAUGAUGAAAGUGUGAAGGUUAUCAUUAUUAUUAUUAUUAUUAUUUUCUUGUCUUCAUUUUCUUCUCUUUUGUGUCUUUAUUCUUUACGGAGAUAUUGUAUGUACGAAGUGUCAGAAGGAGGUUUACACCAGUGUUUGUUUUACUUAUUAUUAUUUUUUAUUUAUUGAUUUUUUUUUUAUUUUGUGAAUUAACGUACACGAGAUAUGUGUCUGUUUGUGUGUGUGUGUGUGUGUGUGUGUGUAAAAGUUGCCAGACACCGCUAGUUUCCAGAUACCAGUCCGCCCGUGAAGACCCGAUAUUGCUUUUGUUAUUUCAACUUUCGCCUAAUUUUUUGUUUUUUUGUUUUCUUAUUUGUGUUAACUUCAUUCGUUAUUUCAUUUAGUUACACGUGAAUAUAUGGAUAUAAUUUUGUUCCCUCAACUUUGCAUUCUGUCAUGUCGAAUUUCUUUUGUCACAAACAAAAAGAUUUAAAUUUUUAAGAAAAUCGAAACUGUCAAGAUCCGUAUUUUUUCUUAGUUACUCGUUAAAAGUCAGAAGAGAAUAUAUUUUUCUCUACAAUUCAUUCAAGGAAGAGGCGGAAUUGUGUAUUAACAUUCUGUAUUAUUUUAUUUAUUAGUUUGACUUGUAUAUUUCUUAGUUUUCGUUUUUUUCUCUUUUUUUUUGUUAUGUUCAUAAGGAUGAGGAGAAUUGCGUGCUCACUUUAUACUGUUGGAUCUCUUGCGGACAUAUCUAGAAGCUAGUCAUGGGCCAAAUUCUUAAAGAACUUGCCACUUGCGGGUAUUGGUAUUGAGCAUCGGUUCUUUAAUGCGAUGCUGGUACUUCCCAAAUGCGAGUUUUUUUCCUGUGGAUUUGAACCAACUUUAUAUAUAUUUUUUUUCGUGAAGAGGAAAGAUAUAGGCCAAGCUAACAGGAUAUUAAAAAAAAAGAAUAUAUAUAUAGAUGGAUAUAUAUAUUAUUAAAAAACGAGAUUUAUAUAUAUAUACAUAGUAUUUUCUCAUUUUGUGUUUUUUUUUCGUUUUUUUUUCUGUCAUGGUUGGGCGUUCGUUUCUUGGCUGUGACUUGUGCUUAGGAUAUAAAAUGGUAUUUUUUUAUGUCCUAGCCAAUAAUGAUGUGCUUUUUUGGCGCCCUUGAAAUCACGUUACACCUCUGUACUUUUGGUUACUCUCUUACGUGCAAGUUUGAUCCAUAUACAGUGAUACCAAAUGGGUAUAUUUUUCUUGGCAUUUGUGUAAACUUUAAGAGAAAUGACAUGGAGCAUUAAGUAAGGAUCAGCAUAUUUCUUGUAUUGUCAUUACUAUUAUUAUUAUUGUUAUUGUAAUACUAUUUAUCAUCAUUAUCAGUUUGUUUACUAUUAUAUUCCUUUUCUGUAUUUGUAAUUAAUUUUACCUAUUAUCAUUAUUAUUAUUAUUAUUGCUAUUAUUAUCAUUAUUAUUAUUAUCACUAUUAUUAUUAUUACAAUUAUUAUUAUUAUUAUUAUUAUUAAGCUUGUGAUUAUCUUCAUUCUUGUGACAUUGUCUUUGGUUUUGUUUUAUUGUACAUUAUGAACUUUCCUGCUCACGUCUUAUUGGUUAGUUGAAAUGUGGAUUCCACCAAUCAGCGACUGGCUAAGCGUGAAAUGGGCGGGGCAUGUGCGCGAUUGUCUUUUUUCAUUCAUCGAUUUUUUUAAAUUCAUGUUAUUUACGGUUAUCUCUUUAUUCUCUGAUUGAUCAAUUCUUCAUUGCUGUAUUUUUGAUGUUGUCAGACCUGAUUUGUUUAUUUCUUCAUUGAUGUUAUUUAUGAUUAUCUCCUAAACUUAUGACUUGAUACAUUCUUCAUAACUGUAUUUGUGAUGUUGCUAUACCUUUAUUUAUAUUUAUUCAUAUAUAUUUUUUUUUAUUUAUUUCAACAUAUCCUGUUGAUGGCUGCGAGACACUUUAAGGCUAGAAUUCUGACUUUUGAGACGCUCUCGAGAUUGCAAAGGCCACGAAAAGGGCUGAGCAGCUUCUUGAGAUCGAUUGCAGAAUUCCUGGCAACGAGUACAAAGUUCCCAUGAUCUAGCCUACGUGUUUAUUUUUUUAAUAAAAAAGCAGAGUAUUUGUUAAGAUAAAUAAAAUGAAGAGUAAAAAAAAAUAAUAAUAAAGAAAUGAAAGUAUAUAUAUAUAUAUAUGGAUUGAUGUGACUGAGGUGAAGAUGAAAGUCAUAAAUUUAAAAUCGGAGAAGAUUUUAAAAAGUUGAAAGGAGAUGAAAUCGAACGAGGACGUCAUUUAAAAGUGACUACAAGAUUGAUUGUUUGUCUUUUUUUUUGUCUUCUUCGUCAUCAAUAUGCAAGAUGUACGUAUGAGAUUGUUAUCAAAUAAAUAUUAGAAGAAAAAAAAGAAGUCGUACCUGAGGAAAUAGGAGAUAAUAUUAUGGAAUGUGAUCUUUCCUUUUCAAAAUGCUAUGUGCUUCCUGAGCGGAGAUAUAAAACUGUAAAACAAAGAUUUUCCAUAAAUAAAUGAUCAUUUUAAUUUA